GAAUUUCAGCUUUUUCAGUGUUUGAUGAAGAUGGAGCAAUAAAUCCUAGCCUUCUGUAAUAUAACGGUAACAUUAAUCUAAGUUAAAUUCUGAAUGACUUGGAGCUUUGGCUGAUAUUUGUGACAGUGUAUGUGUAGGUCCUACAUAGACGAUGUUUAUUUACUGAGGCAGAGACCUAUUGAACGGUAAAGAUUGAAAUGUAGCCCAUCGUGCUGCUUAGCAUUGUGAGAAAAAUCGCGACCCGCGCUUGGCAAUUUCCAAGCGAAAGUUGGUCUUAGUAGUUGUAUAGAAAGUUAUCUUGGUAUAUUGGAAACUAGGUCAAUUGAUAUUAAGUUACAUUUGGGAGGAAUGGCAUAUGCACCAGCUGUGUGGCUAGCCGUGCAAGAGCAUGUUUUCAGAACUGCAAAUGAAAAUCUCAACCUUACAAAAUACAGUCAGGGCAGAACUAACGUUAACGUGACUCAAAGGCUUCUGGACCAGCUGGAUGAUGCCUUUCUGUUCAACAAUUUUCACUUCAACCGACCGUGUCUGACAUUCAUUGCCGAUUUAAUCAGGACCAGUCUACACACUGAUAGCCAUGACCAGCAUAAGGAUUCCCAGCAGGUGGAUGCCAUGGUGCUAGUAGCGCUUUACUUCUACGCAAAUGGCACCUUGUCCCAGAAAAUCACAGACUUGGCGGGAUUAGAUAAAACAACGGCCACUGAUGCUGUCAAAACUGUGUCAAGGCUAUUGGCUGGCUUCGCAGAGAAAUUUAUUACUUUUCCUGGUAGCCACAAUGACAGGGUGUGUGUAGCACAAGGCCUUAAGGAUUUGAGUAGGAUUCCAAAUGCUGUCGGUGUACUUGGAUGUAUGCAUAUCAAGGUGACGCCUCCCGUGGAAAACCCGGCCUUAUAUAAGAAUUCCCUAGAUUAUAACUCUCUAAUGGUUCAGACCAUCUGCGAUGUGAAUGGUAAUCUUCUGGCAGUAGAGAAAUGCUGUCCAGGGGCCACACCUGCACAGCAGAUUUGGGAGAAGUCGGUAAUCUUCCAGCAUUUCAAACAAGGAUACAACGGACCAACUUGGGUUAUCGGUCACGGAUAUCAGCUAAGCACAUGCGUUUUGACACCCAAACAUCCCUCCAAGGUCAAGAAUGCGGCCAGCUUGUCCUACAACGCAGCCCAUCAGAAGGCCCUUUCCUGCAGCCAAAAGACCAUUGGCUCCAUAAAGAACCGCUUCCGCUGCCUAGAGGACCUGGGCCAAGUACACUCUGGCACCGUUGACCACGUAGCCCGGGUCAUUUACGCUUGCUGCGUCCUCCAUAACAUCGCUAAGAAGUUCUCUGUCCCACUUCCUCGUGAGCUGGUGCCAGAGCCUUUGCACCCGGUGCCAUUCGCGGCAGAGAGGCCCGAGAGCGCCACUACCAUCAGUGAAGCAGAGAAAAUACAAGACGACAUGAUCCUAACGUGCUUCCACAGCCCUUCUGACGAGCCCUCGCAGGCUGCUGAAGCUGGUUUGCAGGGGGGCUGCUGGGAUGACGAGGAGGAGGAGGGGAGCCCGGGAAGGGGACAGCACGGCUCAGAGACUUUACAGACACAAGAACAAGACAGCUAGACAGAGAAAUAUUUUUUUGAGAUGUUUUUUUUUUUUUACUUUUCAUAUGUCAACUUUUGUUCUAUGAAGAUGGCCUACUGAAGAUUUUUUUUUUUUGAUUGAAAAUGCAGUUUUCAAAAGAGCUUAAACGUCAACUGCAAAUGAACCUGAGGGUAGUUCAAUACUUGAGUGCAUACCAGAGAAAGUCUCUAAGUUCUGUUUCUUAUUUUGUUUGCUUGCAAUGUUUGUUGUUAUUUACCAACACUGAUUGUGUAAAUCACACCUGAGAAUAAACAUACUUUUGUAAAUGUA